AUGUCUCUUCUCUGGGUGGCGGCCACCGCAUUGAUCGGUCUCGCUUCAGGCUUCCCCUCUCCCAAGAGCCUUCAGUCAGAUCUGACAAUAUUAAUCAACAAUGACCUGCAAGGAUCAAACAGUCCAUACUCAACCUCGGGGGUCAUAGUAUUGGGUCGCCGGUCAUACGAUGAUGCCGUUGCCGGCUGUCAAGCUCUAGGCGAGCAGCUAUGGUCUCCUGAGCUGAACACGGCAAGCAUACAGUCGAACCUUGACUACCUCAAAUACCAAGGCAAGACCAAUGGCUCGGCCACGUUCUGGAUUGCCGCUCAAGGCAAUGCCACGAGGGGAAUUAGCUUGUCUGGCGCGGUAUCGCUGGCCAGCUCGACGACGCUACAGCUCCCGGCACUCUGUUCUCAGACCGCGCCAUAUUCGACAAGGGGGUCUCAGGACACGAGCUCCCAGUGGCGGGUUACCAUAGAUGCCAACAACCAAACUCUCACCGGUUUCCGCGACCGACUCUCUUUCCGAUUUCUGGGCAUCCGGUACGCUCCACGGCCAAAGAGGUUUACAUACUCUACCCUGUUCAAGGGGUCGGGCGAGUCUUCUUCAGCGCUAUCCUACGGCUCUCAGUGCGCCCAAGGUUCCACGGGCAGCGAGGAUUGUCUGUUUCUAAAUAUCUGGACCCCCUAUUUGCCUAGCCAGAGCAGAGGCGAGGGAAAGGGUCGCCUCCGUCCCGUAGGGGUGUGGAUUCACGGGGGGGCCUUUACGGGUGGAACUGCCAACGACGAGACUUUCGACGGCGGAAACAUCGUGUCGAGAGGGGAUAUGGUCCUCGUGGCAAUCAACUACCGCCUAGCAACACUCGGGUUCUUGGCUCUGAAGGACGGCGUCACCAACGGCAAUUUUGGCCUGGCAGACCAGAUCACCGCUUUGGACUGGGUACGAGCAAAUAUCCAGAGAUUCGGCGGUGAUCCCGAGCGCGUCACCAUCUUUGGCCAGUCGGCGGGUGCCGGUUCGGUGAGGGCUCUGAUGGCUUCGCCGGAGGCGGCAGGCAAAUUUGCGGGUGCGAUCCUGCUGAGCAACCUUGGCGGGAUCAACUACGGAACGACCUACUCGAAGUAUUACACGAUCGACGAAGAGGUGUCGGUUGCGGCCGGUGCCAUCGUCAAGGCGGCCAAUUGUGCCGACGCCGCGUCUCAAGUUGACUGCCUCCGCGAGUUGCCUACCUCGGCAUUCGGGAGCCUGGGCACAGUGGCGCGCUACCUCGUGGUUGACGGGACGUACCUGACCUCGCAGGAGCUGCCUCUCACCGGCGAAGCCCUCUCUAUCCACGUCAUGAUGGGCAUUGCGCAUGACGACGGGAGCCCCUUUAUCACGUACCCAAAGACAGCGGACCAGGCGGCAUAUCUCGCAUCGCAGGGCUUUUCGGUCCCACCGUCGGCCCUAUUCCCGAUUCCCACCCCCGGCAGCGGCAACCAGACGCUCGACCUGUACAACUCGUCUUCGCAACUCGCCACGGACGGCAUCUUCCGGUGCGUCGACCAGGCAACCGUCUCCAAGGGGGUCAACAGCGGCCGCCUGGGCCCGGUAUUCUACUACGAGUUCGACCGCACGUACCAGACGACGGGCUGGCCGGGCACCGACGUCUGCAACCCGCCCAAGACGGCAUCGCACCCGAACGGCGACCCGUCUCUGCCCUACUUCCGCUGCCACUCGGGCGAGCUCUACUACGUAUUCGGCAACCUCGCGCGCCAGGGCCUCCCGGUGCGCGACGACGGCGACCUGCCGUUCGAGCAGCUCGUGCUCGACAGCUUCGCCUCGUUCGUGCGGUCCUACGACCCGAACCCGGACAAGGCGCUGCUGGUCGCGCGCGGCUACACGCACACGCUGCAGCAGCUCGCAGCGUCGGGCCCGUGGGUGCCCAGCACGCCCGGCGCCAUGACGCUGCGCGCGCUAGACUGGCCGCGCUCGUCGCAGGGCCCGUUCCGAGAGCUGCCGCAGUGCAGCGGGCUCGGUCUGGGGCUGGAUUACUAUGGGUGA